UGCGAUGGCACGACGCCGUGCCGUGCAGUGCCAGCAGUCCGACCAAAUCAUCGCCUAAUCACACCGCAAACCACGUAAGCCCGCGCCCCGGCCGCCCAGUGGUGCGAGUAUAAAUUAUCCUGGCCACGGAGCCAUGGACGGAGGGCUAGAAGCUAGGCAGCGAGACAUCUCUCCUCCGCGUGCACGUCUGCAUCUUCGUCGGUUCCUUUGAUCAAGCCGCGCGCGUAUGGCGUUGGAGGCCGUGGUGUUCUCGAAAGGGUUCUUUGGGUGCUGCGCCAUGGCUGCGGAAGCAGGAGGAGGUGGUGGUGGUGGAGUUUGGGGCGGGAAUGGCCACGGGCACAGUGGUGGCAUGGAGUUGGACGGAAGCAAUUCCGACUGCGCCGCCGCCGCUGCGAGCAUCUCCGUGAUGAUCCCGUGCACCGAAGUCCCGGAAGGAAGUUCCUCCUUGCCCGCUCUGCCGCCGCCGGGCCACGGUGGUGACCGUGGAGACGCGGACGGUGCCGAUGGCGCAGCGGCAGCGGCAGGUGCGGCAGGGAGGAGGAAGCGGCGAAGGGCGAGGAGCGUGAAGAACAUUGAGGAGGCGGAGAGCCAGCGGAUGACCCACAUCGCCGUCGAGCGCAACCGCCGCAGGCAAAUGAACGAGUACCUUGCCGUGCUCCGGUCCCUCAUGCCGGCCUCCUAUGUGCACAGGGGCGACCAGGCAUCCAUAAUUGGCGGCGCGAUCAACUACGUCAAGGAGCUGGAGCAGCUAGUUCAGUCCCUGGAGGCGCACCGGCACGCGCACCACAGCGACGACCGUCCCGCCAGCGGCGACGUCUCCCCCUCCGUGGCGCCCUUCGCGGACUUCUUCACCUUCCCGCAGUACACGAUGAGCGUCCGCCACGCCCCGGCCACACCAGCAGCAGACGCCUCUGCGGACGACGGCGGCGGCAAUGCCGAAGACGACGCGACGCCGGGCUCGAAGCAGUCGGCCGUGGCGGACAUCGAGGUGACCAUCGUGGAGAGCCACGCGAGCCUGAGGGUGCUCUCGCGGCGGCGGCCGAGGCAGCUGCUGAGGAUCAUGGCAGGCCUGCAGGGCCACCGGCUCGCCGUGCUGCACCUCAACGCCACCAGCGCCGGCCACAUGGCCCUCUACUGCCUCAGCCUCAAGGUGGAAGACGACUGCCGGCUCUCGUCGGUGGAGGAAAUCGCGGCGGCGGUCCACCGUAUCGUCGAGACGAUCCAGCGUGAGGAGGAGGGGGAGGGGGAGGAGCGGCAGCGGCAGAGCUGUACGUAGGUAGCUAGGCAUUCGCGUGCAACAGUUCACGAGCUAUUUACUAAACAAGAUCUGAGAAGUAUUGUAGGCACUGCAGCUUUGAUAGCUCUCUGUGUAAUGUACCUUUAUGUACUCUGCCUAUGUACCUAUGCAUGUACUACGCAUC